CUUUACGCCCGGCGGAUGACGUCACGUACUUUGUCAGUGACACUUCGCUGCCGUCGCUCCGUCCAGGCAGAGUCAGCCGUAAUUGAAACCGCUGUUGUCCCGGUGAAGAUGGCCGCAGGUCCUCUUUCUGUAUCUUCCAACGCUUCAACAAACAACGAUGGCAUCCUCAUCGGUGAUAAAGUUUACUCGGAAGUGUUCCUUACAAUCGACAACUCCCUUAUUCCAGAAGAAAGGCUCUCUCCGACACCGUCGAUGCUCGAUGGCCUCGACCUGAGCACGGAGACCGACCUUCGCAUCCUGGGAUGUGAACUCAUUCAGUCGGCGGGAAUUCUUCUCAGGUUACCCCAGGUCGCAAUGGGAACAGGGCAAGUGCUCUUUCAUCGGUUUUUCUACUCCAAAUCCUUCGUGAAACACAGUUUUGAGAUUGUUGCUAUGGCUUGUAUUAACUUGGCCUCCAAGAUUGAAGAAGCACCACGCCGAAUACGAGAUGUCAUCAAUGUUUUCCACCAUUUGAGACAGAUCAGAGGAAAAAAGACUCCAACUUCAUUGAUACUUGAUCAGAACUACAUAAAUACCAAAAACCUUGUCAUCAAAGCGGAACGGCGGGUCCUGAAGGAGCUGGGUUUCUGUGUACAUGUCAAGCAUCCACACAAGAUUAUCGUCAUGUUCCUCCAAGUCCUGGACUGUGAAAAGAACCAAACGCUGGUCCAGACCGCCUGGAACUACAUGAAUGACAGCCUGAGGACAAACGUCUUUGUACGGUUCCAAGCGGAGACGAUCGCCUGUGCCUGUAUAUACCUCGCUGCCCGGGCGCUGCAGAUACCGCUGCCCUCCAGACCUCACUGGUACCUGCUGUUUGGAGCCAGUGAAGAUGAAAUCAAGGAGAUCUGCAUCACCACACUGAGACUCUACUCCAGGAAGAAGCCCAACUAUGAGCAGUUGGAAAAGGAAGUGGAGAGGAGGAAGGUGUUCUUGGCCGAGGCGAAGUUGAAGGCUAAAGGUCUAAAUCCAGAUGGAACUCCUGCUCUGUCCACGCUCGGCGGCUUUUCCCCUGCUUCUAAGCCUUCAUCUCCAAAUGUCGUCAAGGUGGAAGAGAAAUCCCCCAACCCCCAGACCCUCAAACUGGUUAAAAAGGAGCCCGACAGUCGAACACAGGUCUCCAAGAGUCCGCACAAUGGAUUGAGGAAAGAGGUCAAGAUCGGAAGAAACAGUAGGAGUGGAAGUCGAUCUCGUUCAAGAACACGUUCUAGAUCUAGAUCCCGGUCUCCUCGCAGACAUUACAACAGCAGACGCAGUUGCUCAGGGACCUACAGUUCUCGUUCACGUUCUCGCUCUCACAGUCGCAGUCCGUCACCGCGGCGACAUCAGCCUUCCCCUCUCCUUCCCCAUCUCAAGUCCAAGAGCAGUCACCACGGCAAUAGCGACUCCAAGGCCAGCGGUCGGCACAGCAACAGCGGAGGCGGAGGAUCGAGCCACAAGAGGAAACGGUCUCGCUCUCGAACGCGGUCCCGCACUCCGAUCAAAAUGGACCGCGACCGGGAACGAGAGAGGGAGCGGGAGAGGGACAGAGACCGCGGCUCCUUCGACAUGUCCUCAAAGAAACACAAGCAUGAGCGAGGCGGCGGUCACCGUGGCGACAGGAGGGACAGAGAGAGGUCUCGAUCAUAUGAAAGGGACAGAGACAGGGAGCGCAGCCACAAGAGCAAACACCACAGCAGCAGCGGCCACUCAGGACACAGUCGCCACCGGCGCUGAGUCACACCAGUAGACGAGCUCUGGGGCUGAUGGUCAUUAGGCGUUAACAGGAGGCGCACAGAAUCGCAUGUGGUACCUUCACUGUAGGAAAAAUACACAUCACUGUCAGUAAAUACCAACGCAGUCUGUAACCUGCUACCUAUCUGACAUCUGCAGGUGAAGAAUUGAUCUGAUUGAAUCUGGCACAUGAGUUUGUCAACGCCAACUUCAGCCAUGUUUCAUUAAUACACACCAGUAAAACAGCUGCUCACAUGUACUCUUGUACUCUCACUCUUGAACCUGCCUCUGACCUCCAGUUUUUUUGUUUCUAGACAUAUAAUGUUUGAAAUAAACAUUUGUCCCUUUAAAGGUUUUUGACAAACCUCGACAUAUGGCACCUUUAUAGACGAAGAAGAAAAAAAAAAAAAAGAUGAAUUUGCCAGAUUUGACUUGUAGCUUUUGCUGAUACAGGUGUCAGUGAUAGAAGUGAGUGGAGUGUUUUGGGGUCAGUUGGCAGUGGUCAGUGGUGAGGUGGUCUGUGCAGUAACUGACCUGCAGAGUCCUUUCCCACACUGUGGGUCAGAUGUGAUCAGCGGUGUGGGAAGGCAGGUUAAACUCCUGCAAAAACACCUGAAACAUCAGCUCCAGACUGGUCAAUAUCUCCUCAACCCUUACCUUUUUUCCUUUUCUUUUCCAUCAUACCAUCCUUUCCAAAUCCACAGACUACCCUUCUAGCCCACCCUUAUACUCCUGGUUUUACAUAUAAAGUAAUGGACUUGGAGGAGAAAAAGAAACUUAUUUACAGUGUAAAGACGGAUCGAUAUCCACUGACUUAAUGUGAACGCUUUGAUUUAUAAAAGCAAACUGUUCAGUGGAAAGGUUGAAUGGAUAAAUGUAAAAAUAAAAAUGGACAUUCAGGAAAGAUCUAUGUUUGCACAUUAAGGGAUUGUUGGGCGAGUGGUUUAUCUUUUUUUUUUUGUUUUUCGUUUUGGACAGUGUACGUAACUAAAGCUGUGUUUUGUACAGUUUCAAGAAAACAAGCUGGUUAGACUUUUUUUUUUUUUACAGCAGGGGAUGCAGACUUGAUUGAAAAAUAUUUUAGGGUUGUCAGUUUGUUACACUGGUUUUUAGUCUGCACGUGUUCAUGUCCAAUUUUUAUUAAGUAAUAAAGGAGUUAUGCCACUGAA